GCUCCUUGGCAGACGCCAGAGUAGCCUCUUCCGGGAGUGGGCGGAGCUUCUGGAUCGCCGGGCGGGGCUUGGCCUUCGUGGGCGGGGCGGGGCCUGGCCUGCAGGGUUUUGCUCUACUUGUUCCCUGGAUCUGCCCACGACAUGCUGCGGGCGCGCGGGCCUGGCCGGGGCGCUCCGCUGCUCCGGGCCGUGCUGGGUCUCGGGCGGCGCGGGCGGGCAUGGCAACGGCCGCAAGGCCAGGACACCGGCGUGCAGGUGCACAACAGCCUCACAGGCAAGAAGGAGCCGCUGAUCGUGGCCCGCGCCGACGCCGUCUCCUGGUAUAGUUGCGGACCCACUGUGUACGACCAUGCACACCUUGGCCAUGCUUGCUCAUAUGUUAGAUUUGAUAUCAUCCGAAGGAUUCUGACCAAAGUGUUUGGAUGCAAUGUGAUCAUGGCAAUGAGUAUUACCGAUGUGGAUGACAAAAUAAUCAAAAGAGCUAACGAGAUGAAUGUGUCGCCUGCUUCUCUCGCCAGUGUUUUUGAAGAAGAAUUUAAACAAGACAUGGCAGCCCUGAAGGUUCUGCCACCAACGGUGUACUUGAGAGUCACUGAGAACAUCCCUCAGAUAAUCUCUUUCAUCGAAGGCAUCAUGGCGCGUGGCCAUGCCUACUCAACAGCCAAAGGCAGCGUGUACUUCGAUCUGCGCGCACGAGGGGACAAGUAUGGCAAGCUGGUCAGCAUGGUUCCCAACGCAGCUGCAGAGCCGGCUGACUCUGACAAGCGACACACCAGCGACUUCGCCCUGUGGAAGGCAGCCAAGCCUCAGGAGGUGUUCUGGGCCUCGCCAUGGGGAGAUGGACGGCCCGGUUGGCACAUCGAGUGCUCCGCCAUGGCCAGCGAGGUCUUUGGAAGCCACCUGGACAUCCACACGGGCGGCAUAGACCUGGCUUUCCCGCACCAUGAGAACGAGAUUGCACAGAGUGAAGUGUUCCACCAGUGCCGUCAGUGGGGAAAUUACUUCCUGCACUCUGGGCAUUUGCAUGUGAAAGGCAAAGAAGAAAAAAUGUCCAAAUCCCUAAAAAACUACAUCACCAUUAAGGACUUCCUGCAGACCUUCUCCCCGGACGUCUUCAGGCUUUUCUGCAUGCUCACCAGCUAUAGGUCAGCCAUCGAGUACAGCGACAGCACCCUGCUGGAGGCCAAGCACCUCCUACUGGGGCUGGCCUCCUUCUCGGAGGAUGCUCGCGCCUACGUAAAGGGGCAGCUGACCUGUGGCCCCGUCUCGGAAAGUGUGCUGUGGGAGAGGCUGGCCAGCACUGAGAAGGCCGUGAGGGCUGCGCUGGCCAAUGACUUUGACACACCGAGGGCUGUGACCACCAUCCUGGACCUUGUGCACCACGCGAACAGACAGCUCAGGGCAGUCCCUAAGGAAGCUGCUGGCCCAAGAAGUCCCACUGUGUUUGGUGCCAUCAUCUCCUACGUCGAGCAGUUUUUUGAGACCGUUGGGAUUUCUCUGGCAAAUCGACAGUGUGCUUCAGGAGACAGCAGCUCAGCAGCUCUGCACUGCGUCAUCGAUGAGCUAGUGCGCUUCAGACUGAAGGUCCGCCAGUAUGCAUUGGCCACACCUGGGGCUACUGGGGAGGCCCGGAGACAGCAGCUCCAGGAGAGGCAGCCCUUGCUGGAGGCAUGUGACGCACUGCGCCAGGACCUCGCCACCCAUGGCAUCAAUGUUAAGCUUGCUCUCCUCUCGAGACGUGGCUCGACCAGGUUUGUGGGAACAAUGAUGAGGAUGAUGUGCACGCCUCUCCCCCACAGAGAGCCCAGGCUUAUGGGACACCUGCUGCCAGGAUUCAUGGCUUCAUUUUAUCUCACAGCUGACUAGCACUGCGGACACGCUGAGCAACUUGGCGAGCACAGCAGGCAGUCCCUGUCUCAAGCCCUCCAAAGCACCAUUCACCCAAUAAAAUUCACAUGGAGGCAUGAAAAGCAUGCAUGGUGGCUAGCAGAGCAAACACCCAGUGAUCUGUAGGUCAGUCUCCCUGCAGAGACAGGCCAUGGCUUGAGCUGGGCACAACACUGGAGCCCACGAACUCACC